AUGAAGCUCACCAUCCUUAUCGCUGCUGUGCUCGUUACUGGUGCUCUGGCUGAGACUCACACCGUCGUGUUCAAUAAUUUAUGCGGUCGAGGUGUACCUACUUUGAAGCGAAACGGUGUAACAUUGUCAACUGGGGGAGCCUUCACCUCCAACGGCCCUUUGAUUGCUGCCAUUGCCUACCUCGACGUUGGUUGUGGUGCUGAUGGACAAGGAUGCACCAUGGUUGAGACUACUCUUGUCAACCCCACUACGCCAGGAUCUGGCUCUAGCACAGAUAUCACCUUGAUCCUCCCUCACUCGUUCUCCGUAACCACUGGAUUCGGAUAUUUCAAUGGCUGCAACGGUGCAGGAGCUGAUUGCACCAGCGCCAACUGCCCCACUGCGUUUCACGACCCAAACAAUACCCAUGUUCAAGUUGCGUGCCAAAGUGACAAUGUCAAUCUGGUCAUCACAUUCUGUGAAUAG